ACACUUGAUAUAUUUACCAAUGGCUGCUCCUCUCUCUCACUCAUCACAUCCUUCCAGAUCCAAGCAACUAGUCCGCAGUGAGCGUCGGAUGUUCGCCGCAUCCGACGACAGUGCGCUGAUAAAGCAGAUUCAGUCGACGCAUGCCCCCGACGGCCGUUUAGUAAACGUGAAACCGAUUCUUCACAUCAUCGAGAAUAUUCUGCGACAUAUCACUCCCGACAUUGACCAUGCUUUGAAUGGUGGAACGGGACACAUCGACGCCUUGGAUCGGACCAGUUUAUCCUCCAGUGAGGACGUGCUCGACGCAUUGGCUUACAUCGUACAGAAAAUCUGCUGCGAGAUAUCAUGCAAGUGUUCAGGAGGAGGAGACGCUCAUGCAACAACAAUGGCGAUUCUCAACAUGCUCUCAAGCUAUUCAUGGGAUGCGAAAGUGGUGCUAACUUUAGCAGCUUUCGCAGUGAACUUCGGGGAGUUUUGGCUGCUUGUCCAACUUUGCACCACCAAUUCACUGGCCAAAUCCGUGGCUCUCCUCAAGCAAUUGCCCGAUGUUUUAGAGCAUUCCCAAACACUGAAACCCCACCUCGAAGCACUCAACAAGCUCAUCAAGGCAAUGAUAGAUGUAACCAAGUGCAUGGUCGAAUUCACCGAGCUUCCUACCGAGUACAUUUCGAGCGAGGUGCCACCGAUGUCGAUCGCCUUAGCUCAUAUCCCGACGGCUGCCUACUGGACCAUUAGGAGCGUCGUGGCUUGUGCUGCGCAGAUUACGAGCCUCAUAGGGCUGACACACGAGUUUGUUACAUCGACUUCCGAGGCAUGGGAACUAUCAAGCUUGGCGCAUAAAGUUAGCAGCAUACACGAACACCUUCAAAAGUUAUUACGUCUUUGUUAUCAGCGUAUCGAUGAGAUGAAGCAGAGAGAAGCUUUUGACGACUUCAAGCGUACAAUUGAAACACCUCAAAUGGAUGUCGUGAGGAUUCUGAUAAAGAUCUUCCGCAAGGAAGAUCCUCAUGUUCUCUUGAGCCCGGAGAAGACCAAGGUCCAAAUUGAUGUCCUGAGAAGAAAGCAUGUUCUACUUCUCAUUUCGGAUCUCGAUAUCUCCCAUGACGAGAUUCAAGUUCUCGAGCUUGUUUACAAGUACGAGAGAGUAUCUACUGAGCUUAACUACGAGAUCGUAUGGCUCCCAAUCGUGGACCAAUCAGCUUGGAACGAUGGCUAUGAGCAAAAGUUUACGAACCUGCAAUCCAUUAUGCCGUGGUACACAAUGAGCCACCCGUCCAACAUCGAACCGGCAGUGAUGAAAUACGCGAGGGAGGUAUGGCGAUUCGUGAAGAAGCCGAUCGUGGUGACACUCGAUCCACAGGGGAAGGUCACAUGCACUAAUGCACUCAACAUGAUUUGGAUUUGGGGGAAUACAGCCUUCCCAUUCAGCACAGAAAAAGAAGCAACUCUUUGGAAAGCUGAGACUUGGACGAUUGAGCUACUUGUUGAUGGCCUCGAACAGAACUUACCUACUUGGAUAAAAGAUCAGAAAGUGAUCUGUUUGUACGGCGGUGAGAAAAUGGAAUGGAUCGAAAGUUUCGCUUCGGCAACGAAAGGAAUUGCAGCCUCACUCGAAAUCGGGUUAGAGAUGGUUUAUGUCGGCAAGAACAACGCCAAGGAACGUGUGAAGAAGAUCACUGCUUUGAUAAACGAGAAGCAGAUCAGCCACACCUGGCAAGAUGCCAGCGUGUGGUUCUUCUGGAACCGGAUGGAGAGCAUGUUGUACUCCAAGACCCAACAUGGAAAACCCGACGAAACGGAUGUGAUAAAGCAGGAAGUGAUGACGAUACUCGGGUAUGACGGCAGCGAAGAACAGGGAUGGGCUGUCUUCUUUUUCGGAUCGACUGAAAUGGUGAGAGCCAAUGGAGAGAAGAUGCUUAGCAGCAUGCAGAAGUUUGAUCAAUGGGAAGUAUUUGCCAGGCAAAUGGGAUUUGUACCGGGACUCCGUAAGCAUCUCGAAGGGAUCACGGACGACCAUCAUUGCACUCGGCUUAUUCUGCCGGGAAUCAGCGGGGAAAUUUCGGAGAGGGUAGUGUGUGCCGAGUGUGGACGUCCGAUGGAGAUGUAUUUCAUGUAUCGUUGUUGUGUUGAGUAAGGUAAACAAAGGAAAGAGCGUUAUCUUAUGGUAUUAUUAUUAUAUCUAGUGUGUAUGCAUU